CAACAACAACAGCAACAGCAACAAGUACCAGAAACCGAACGGCAAUUGAAUUCGUUCAUAACUCAACGCUUUGAAGUGGACUACAGAACCACUCCGGAAUUUUUACUUGCGGCUGCAAUAACUUCCCCCGAACAAACCCCCUUUAUUCGCGACUUAAUUGAUAAUUUAUUUGCAACCUUAGUGGAAAAUGACAGUAGCUCACUUACGGGUAUUUUAAAUAUUAUGAAAGAACAGGGCAAUGAUUUUAUUGUCGAAGUACUUUUGAAAUUCUACACUUCUCGAAACUCCAUUGAAGCCUUAGAUAAAGUCAUUGGUAAAGCCAUUCAAUUAGGAGUGUUUGAACAAAUCUUAUCGGCCGUUGAUCAAGAUCAUAAGGAUGCUGCUAAGUUUAUUAUUGAAUCUUCGUUAUUUGGCAUUGAUUUUAAGGCCCUAAUUAAAGCCAAGAUUAAGGAUUCUACCAUUAAAUCCGAUUUCUAUCCGGCUUUAUUACAAGCCGUUGAUGAACGUGCUCAACGUGAUUAUAAUGUAAUUCAACAGAUUCCCCUCGGACAAAUAAUUCCGGCCAAUGAUGCCAGAAAUGUCUUACGAUUACCCACUGUCCAUUUCUUAUUAGAGACAUUAACUACGUCUAAGGGGUUAGUCAAUAAUGAGAAAUUAAAGCCAGUUCAAUUACUUAUCCUCACUACUUAUCCUCGAUUAAUUAAUUUCGGAAAUGAUCAUGAUGAAGCCAUCUUAUCGAACGCGGAAACAUGUCUUAAUUUCCCUCCGAAUGUCGAACAAGAAAUGAAGACUAGUUAUAAGAAGAUGUAUAAUAAAGAAGUUGAAAUUAAAGUAAUUGUGGAUGAUUUAGUGGAUAUGAAAAAUAGUAAUGAACCUCAUAAACAAGAUGUAUUUGCCUGUAUGAUACAUUCAUUACUUGAUGAAUAUAAAUUCUUUUCUGGUUAUCCACUAGCAGCAUUAGCAUCUACUUCACUUUUAUUUGGUGCAUUAUUAGAAAAAUCUUUAAUUCAAGGUACUACCCUUACCGUAGCAUUGAAUUUUAUAUGGGAAUCAUGUAAUCAACCACCAGAUUCUCAUUUAUUUAAAUUCGCCGUUCAAUCCUUAUAUAAUUUCAAAUCGAAAUUACAUGAGUAUCCAUCAUAUUGUAAACAUUUAUUAGAGUGUCGAUCAUUACAUCAACAUGCCAGAAUGUUUCAAAUCGUUAAGGAUGCAGCUAAUGGUAUACCAUGUGUAACUCAGAAUGCUACUCCUACACCAGAAGCUUCAGGAAUAAAAUAUCAAUCCAUUAAUGUGAGUGAUAGACCCAUUGGAAAUGGUUUAAUUGAACAAGAAGAACCUCCUGCCAAUGUAUCCGAUCGAUUAUUAUUUGCCGUAAAUAAUAUGACAGAAUCAGAUUUACGUCUAGGAGAAAUUCGAGAUUCAUUAAAGGAAAGUUAUUUCGGAUGGUUUGCGAAUUAUAUUGUUUCCGAUCGAGCCAAAGCCGAGCCGAAUAAUCAUAUAUUAUAUUCUACUUUAGUCAAUGCUAUUGAUAAUACUACUUUCUAUAAUUAUGUAUUAAGAAUAACUUUAAGUGAAAUUGAUAGAAUCACUAAGAACUUUAGAGGUGCCAGUUCCGAAAGAAACCAAUUGAAAAAUUUAGGUGCAUGGUUAGGAAUAAUCACAUUGGCUAAUGAAAAACCUUUGAGAAGAGAUCAGAUUGCCAUUAAGUUCUUAUUGGUAGAAGCAUAUGACUUUAAGACUAUCCCCUUAAUCUUACCAUUUGUAUGUAAAUUCUUAGUUCAAGGUAAAGAUACCAAGAUCUUUAAACCUCCUAAUCCGUGGAUUGUGGGGAUUCUUAAAGUCUUGGCCGAAUUAUAUGAUUAUGCCGAAUUGAAUCUUAAUCUGAAAUUUGAAAUUGAAGUAUUAUUUAAAGCCUUUAAUCAUAUGAAAGUUAAGGAUGUAACUCCUACCACCAUCAUUAGAGAUCAUAAUCCGGAUCCUUCUGCUUUGGCUGCUAUGUUUGGUAUUCAUUCAGAAACAGUCAUGUUAAGUAAUGAAAUAGCCAGAUUGCAAUUAGACCCCCUGGAUCUUCAAGCUCAGUAUCCACCUCAACAGCUUGUGGGUGGUCAAUUACCACUUCCUCAGCUUCAACCUCAACAAUUGGCUCAACAGCAGCAACAGCAGCAACAGCAACAGCAACUUCAGGCUCAGGCCCAAGCACAGGCUCAACAACAACAACUUCAACCUCAGCAACAACCACAAGAAGGCUUGGAUACAAGCUUUAGUAACUUGAUUGGAACCACCAUCUUCACGCAAAAUCCAAAUUGGAGAAGAGCCUUCCAAGCAUCAUUGGCAAGAGCUGUUCGAGAAUGUGCUGUACCCAUUUUAACUCGAGUUUCAGAAGCAGUUCUUACUACAACUGAAGCACUUGUUAGAAAGGACUUUGCUCUUGAAAAGGAUGCCCUUAAAUUCCGCAAUAGUUAUCAGAAUUUAGCUCAACAAUUGGCUCAUAGAAUGGUAUUAUCCAGUGGUAAAAAGGUAUUAGCUGAAACCAUUGAAAGUACUAUGAUACAAUUAUUAGGUAAUCCCGAUGAAAUCCCAUUGGCAGAAUUAAAUACUGCUAUAUUAGAUAAUGUAGGAUUAUGUGUAGAUAUUGUUGAUAAGAUAGCUCAAGAUAAUAUCAGUGAAUUAAUUGAUGAAAGAAUGAAAAUUCAUGUAUUAUUACGAGAACAACAUAAUCCAAUUCAACCAUUUAUUGAUGAAGGAGCUUCGGAAUAUUCUAUGAGAUUGCCAGAACCUUUAGGUUUGAAACAAGAGGGACUUUCCUCUAAUCAGUUAAGAAUUUAUGAGACUUUUGGGUCCAUUAAUUCUAUGCUUGAUGAUGGAAUUAUGCCUCCUCAAUCGCUAGAAGCUCAGACACAAGUCAUUGCAAGACCCACACUCCAACAGCAACAACAACCGCCACAACAACAGCAGCAGCAACAACCACAGCAACCUCAACAAACAGAAGUAUUCCCCUCGGAUCAAUUGUAUACUUUAAUUCUUCAGAAUUGUCAAAAGGCUAUACAAUUAUUAUCGGAAACUCAAGAAACUAAAUUGGCCGAUUUACCUCCUAAUCAUCCAAUUAUGAUUGCAUUAACUCAAGCAUUAUCACUUGCUCAAAAUAAUGCUAUUAAGUAUCCGGAAUUACUCUUGAAAGUAGCUCAACAUGCGGUAAAUUAUUUAUUUACUCAACAGCAUGAGAAUCCUAUGAGUACAGAAAUAUAUGUAGUUAUAUUGGAUAAAUUAUGUGAAUAUUCUCCAUCUACUGCCAAAGAUGUUACUUGGUGGUUAGUUCAUUCAGAAGAUCAACGGAAAUUUAAUAUGCCAGUAAUGUUUUCUUUAUUAAAAGUUCAAUUAGUUCUGCCAUUAAAAUUAGAUUCAUCAAUUGGUAAAUUAAUUGCCGAAUCAGGUAAUCCUACGGUCGUAAAAUUUGCAGCCGAUUUAUUAUUAAAUGUAUUUAGUGAAUCUGAAACUGAAUCUGAAUCUCAACCAAUUUUAAGAUCAGAAUUUGCUUAUACAAUCGAUACUUUAAGUAAAUUUAAAUCGGAUGAUUCAACCGAUGAACUUAAACAAGCAUCUUUGGCUCGAGAUAAAUUAUUUGAAGCAUUAAAUAAAUUAGAAUCUCCGGCUUCAAAUCAAUUAUAUUCUCAAUUAGGAUAUGUAUUCUCCGAAUGGGUUAAAUUAUUAACUCACCCUGAUCAAUCGAAUGAUUUACAAACUCAAUUUAUUGAAGGGUUAUUAAGUCAUGAUAUUUUAACUGAUCGUCAAUACUUUCAAACCUUCUUUAAAGCCGCUAUUGAAAUCUCCAUUACCGUCUUUGGAGCUGAACAUGAAAUUAAAAACAAGACUCAACAUGAAACUUUCUUAUCGGUAGAUUGUUUAGCCAUGUUAAUAAUUAAAAUCAUUUUAAGAUUUGAAACUCCCUCGGAAGCCAUUAAUUAUUUAAAGAAAAUUAUUCCUGUAAUUUUAACUUCAUUAACUGAAGAUCAUGAAUCCGAUAGUUCAAGUUUAAGUUCAAGUUCAAAUUCAAGUUCAAGUUCAAAUUGGAAUGAACGAGCAUAUUUCCGAUUCUUUUCUUCAUUUGUAAGUUUUUGGAGUGAUUCAAGUAUUGUUGAUGAAGAAUCUAGUAAAUUAUUAGAUGAAUUAGUAUUAAAUUAUAUUGGUGAAGUAUUAACAUUAAUUCAACCAAUUGUAUUACCAGGAUUUAUAUUUGCUUGGAUUACUUUAAUUAGUCAUCGAAUGUUAUUACCAAGAUUAUUAGAAUUACCUAAUAAACAAGGUUAUUCAUCAGUAGUUAAAUUAUUAUCAGCUUUAUUGAAAUUUCAAUCAAUUUAUUCUCGUGAAGGUAAUACUGAUGUAUUUCAAGUUAUAUUUAAAGCUAUUAAUAGAAUCUUUACUAGUAUUUUACAUGAUUAUCCUGAAUUUUUAGUUGAAUGUCAUUAUCAAUUAGUUACUGCUGUACCUAAUGGAUUUAUUCAAUUAAGAAAUAUAAUUCUUUCAGCCACUCCUUCAAAUGUUUCAGCUCCUGAUCCAUUUACUCAAGGUUUAAAAGUUGAAAGAUUACCAGAAAUUAAUCAAUCUCCAAUAAUCUUUUAUGAACCAUCUGAUGAUUUAGUUAAAGUAUUAUUAAAGAAACCAGUUGAAAACUUUUUAAGAAUUCCUGCUCCAGCAUUAGUUCGAACUAUUUAUAAUGGAUUAAAAUUAAAUCAUCCUAAAGUGAUUGAUGAAUUUACUAAUGAUAUUAUUCAUUAUAAUGUUAAAUUAAUUAAUGCAUUAGUUUUACAUGUUGGUAUAUCUGCUGUAGCUGAUAGAUUACCAAAUAAUGUUAGAGGAUUUAAUAUUAAAUCAUCUCAAGUAUCAUUAUUAGUUGAUUUAAUGAAUCAAGGAUCUCUGGAAUUUAAAUAUCAUUUAAUUAAUUCAAUUGCUAAUCAAUUAAGAUAUCCAAAUAGUCAUACUCAUUGGUUUAUUGGAAUUAUAUUACAUUUCUUUAGUUCAAGUUCAAUUUGGGGUACAUUAUCAGUUAAAUUAACUGUCCAAGAAUUAAUUACAAGAGUUUUAUUAGAAAGAAGAAUCGUUAAUAAACCUCAUCCAUGGGGGUUAACUAUUGUAUUUACUGAAUUAGUAAAGAAUGGUGAUUAUGGAUUCUUUGAAUUACCCUUUGUUAAAGAGGCAUCUCCUGAAGUUAAGAGUGUAUUUGAUGUAUUAUCUGUUCAUGUUAAGGGUUCGACUCCUACCGCCGAUCCUUAAUUAGUUUGUUUCCCUCACUCCCUCACUCUUUCCCUCCCUCUCUGUAUAUUAGUAGUGUAAUGCGUAAUGUAUAUUAAUUAUUAAUAACUCCCUCACUCACUCCCCUUUUGUGCUUUUUGUUACAGUGCGAAUU